AUGUCGCGCUUGAUUGUGAAAAAUCUUCCAGCAUAUCUAACACCGGAUCGCCUCAGAAAGCACUUUGAACAACAAGGUGCACCCUCUGGAACCAUUACAGAUGUCAAAAUUUCAAUGAAGCAAGAUGGCACUUCGCGACGAUUUGGUUUUGUUGGCUUCAAGACAGAUCAAGAAGCAACCGCUGUAAGGGACUGGUUCGAUCGCACGUUUAUUGACUCGACACGAAUCAAUGUUAUGGUUGUCGAAGGCGCGAAAGAUGCUCCAGCCCCUCGACCAAAUAAGAGAAGACGCCUAGAAGAUACUGCUGCAGACCCAGGACCUUCGUCGCGGCCGGACAAGAAUGGUAAGACAAGCACACCAGCCCUUUCGACACCAGCCACCGACCCUCCCGAGACCAACACGAAAUCUGAAGAGGCUGUCUCGGACCUCGAGUGGAUGCGACGUCGGAUGAAUCUGGUGUCGGAUCCACCACCCGAUCAAGUCUUCGAGCAAUCGGACGACGAGCACGACGUUAAGCACAGCACUCCUCCCAAGGAAGACUCAGCAGCGAAGACCACGAUUAUGCAGACGUCUCGGUUAUUUCUUCGAAAUCUUGCCUUCUCAUGUACGGAAGCCGAGAUAAUGGAGCGAUUUCAGCCAUUCGGCAAAGUUGAUCAGGUUCAUAUAUCCAUUGACUCCUUGUCCAAGCAGCCUAAGGGUUUAGCCUACGUGACAUUCGAGCAGCCGACAUCUGCCCUCUCCGCGUAUGAGGCACUGGAUAAGACAUCUUUCCAAGGUCGUCUUCUCCACAUCCUUCCUGCUGUUGACCGUAAAGGCAAGUUUGAGGUGGUAGAGGGUGAGGGGAAAAAGCAAUCAUUAAAAGAUGUGAGGGGUUCUCAGCGUAAGGCCGCAGCUGGGCGGGAGUUUAAUUGGAGUAUGUUGUACAUGAAUAGCGAUGCAGUGGCAUCGUCUAUCGCCGAUCGAAUGGGAAUUGCUAAGGCAGAUAUCCUCAACCCUGAGUCAGAUAAUGCGGCAGUGAAGCUUGCGCUUGCGGAGACGCAUGUUAUCCAAGAGACGAAGUCCUACCUCGAGUCUCAGGGGGUUAUCAUAUCGUCGUUUUCUUCCCGAGCGCGAUCUGACACUACCAUACUCGUGAAGAACAUUCCCUAUGGCACCACCGCGGAGCAGAUACGUGAGAUGUUUGAGUCACACGGGGAACUCAGCCGCGUCAUCGUACCACCAGCAGGUACCAUGGCGGUGGUGGAAUUCGGACAGGCAGAUGAAGCUGCCAAGGCUUUUCGAGCUGUAGCUUACCGACGUCUCGGAAGUAGUGUCGUCUACUUGGAGAAGGGUCCAAUGGGCAUGUUCCAAGAAACUUCGGAUACAGCAGGAAACUCCAGCCGUACGCUAACAACUGCAUUCAAGCCGAUUACUAUCGCCGAGCAGGAAGCUGGUAGCGGUGCUGAUGAGGACGAACCUACUUUGUCGGCUGGGAUGACUUUGUUCGUCAAGAAUCUGGCUUUCAGUACCACCGCAGAGCGUCUGACGCAAGUCUUCCGGAAUCUUCCUGGGUUCUCGUUCGCGCGAGUACAGACUAAGCCUGACCCCAAACGACCUACUGUUCCUGGUGCUGAAGCCCCCCGGCUGAGCAUGGGGUAUGGUUUUGUGGGGUUCAAAACGGCCGAAGAUGCGAAGAAGGCUAUGAAGAGUAUGCAGGGUUUUACACUUGAUGGGCAUUCUUUGCACGUCAAGUUCGCUGGGCGCGGAACUGAAGACGAGCCCAAGGACAAGACAGUCGCGAAGAGCACAUCGACGAAGAUGAUUGUGAAGAAUGUGCCAUUCGAAGCUACGAAGAAGGACAUCAGGGAGUUGUUCAGUGCGCAUGGCCAUCUCAAAUCUGUACGUCUUCCGAAGAAGUUCGACUCGCGUUCGCGUGGUUUUGCGUUUUUGGAGUUCCUCACCCGGCACGAGGCGGAGAACGCAUACGCUGCACUACGACACACGCAUUUGCUUGGGAGACAUCUUGUACUUCAGUGGGCGGAAGAGGCUGAGCAGGACAUAGAGGUACUACGGAAGAAGGCGGGCGUGGGGUAUGGUGACGGUGCUGAACUGCCUGGGCGUAAACGGAAACUUGAAAUCGCGGGAGAUGAUGCUGGUGGUGAUGUGGAAUGAUGGCACUUAGAAUAAAUUCGUGUACCACCGUGAUUGGGACGACAAAUGUUUUGGUGCCAGACGCGUUACGACGCGUCAGUUUCCACGCCACCGAUGUUGUUACCAGUCAAUGACACAUUGACACCAAAACACGACUUCGAUUUCGAAAUUUUUCUUCAAC